CGCGUGGCCCAUUCCAGAUGCCCACGGGAGGAUCAAGGUGGCGCAGCCGGUGGUGGAGAUGGACGGCGACGAGAUGACCCGCAUCAUCUGGCAGUUCAUCAAGGACAAGCUCAUCCUGCCGCACGUGGACGUCCAGCUAAAGUAUUUUGACCUGGGGCUCCCAAACCGUGACCAGACCAAUGACCAGGUCACCAUCGACUCUGCGCUGGCCACACAGAAGUACAGUGUGGCUGUCAAAUGUGCCACCAUCACCCCCGACGAGGCCCGCAUGGAAGAGUUCAAGCUCAAGAAGAUGUGGAAGAGCCCCAACGGAACCAUCCGGAACAUCCUCGGGGGGACAGUCUUCCGGGAGCCCAUCAUUUGCAAAAACAUCCCGCGCCUGGUCCCCGGCUGGACCAAGCCCAUCGUCAUCGGCAGGCACGCCCACGGCGACCAGUACAAGUGCACAGACUUCGUGGUCGACCGGGCCGGCUCCUUCAAGAUCACCUUCACCCCCAAGGACGGCGGCAGCCCCCGCCAGUGGGAGGUGUUCGAGUUCCCCGCGGGCGGCGUGGGCCUGGGCAUGUACAACACGGACGAGGUGAGCAGCCUGCCACGGACUCCGCGGCCGACCGGCCUGACCGCGCCCGCGCACAGCGGGGCCUUGCGCUGCCCCGGCCACGGCGUUCCUCUGGUCUUCGCCCGCGCAAACUGGCCCCUGCCCUGCCCCUCCUCAGCCGCGGAAGCGCACAGGCGCUCCCCUGCUCCCAGGCACUACAAGGCCGACUUCGACAAGAGCAAGAUCUGGUACGAACACCGGCUCAUCGACGACAUGGUGGCGCAGGCGCUCAAGUCCUCGGGCGGCUUCGUGUGGGCCUGCAAGAACUACGACGGGGACGUGCAGUCCGACAUCCUGGCCCAGGGCUUUGGCUCCCUGGGCCUGAUGACGUCUGUGCUGGUCUGCCCGGACGGGAAGACCAUUGAGGCCGAGGCGGCCCACGGGACGGUCACCCGCCACUACCGGGAGCACCAGAAGGGCCGGCCCACCAGCACCAACCCCAUCGCCAGCAUCUUCGCCUGGACGCGAGGCCUGGAGCACCGGGGGAAGCUGGACGGGAACCAGGACCUGGUCAGGUUUGCCCAGACCCUGGAGAAGGUGUGCGUGGACACGGUGGAGAGCGGCGCCAUGACCAAGGACCUGGCCGGCUGCAUCCACGGCCUCACCAAUGUGAAGCUCAACGAGCACUACCUGAACACCUCGGAUUUCCUGGACACCAUCAAGAGCAACCUGGACAAGGCCCUGGGCUAGCCCUGGCGGGGCGGGGGCUGGGCCUGCGGCCCCGGGCCUUCCUGGGGGCCCUCUCCGCAGCGGGGUGUCUUCACCUGUGCCCCAGGGCGGGGCGGAGUGCCUUACCUCAGCGCCAGCGGUGCCUUACUCAGCUACUAAAAAGCUCUUCACGAA